UGGGACCAACGGCCACCACUGCUGCAGCAGCCUUCCUCAGGGGAUUCUCCUCCGCAUACUCAUCAUCCUCAUCCUGGUCAUCGGCGUUCUGGGCAUCCAAGAUGCCUCGUGUGGACGUAGACCUCAAGCUGGACUUUAAGGAUGUCCUCUUCAGACCCAAGAGGAGCAGCCUGAAGAGUCGCUCAGAGGUGGACCUUCAGAGGACCUUCACAUUCCGCAACUCCAAACAGACCUACACCGGCAUCCCCAUCAUCGCCGCCAACAUGGACACCACAGGAACAUUUGAGAUGGCGCAAGUCCUCAGCAAACACACCCUCUUCACAGCCAUUCACAAACACUACUCUGUCGACGACUGGAAAAACUUCGCUGCUAAUCAUCCAGACUGCUUAGAGCAUGUAGCUGCCAGCUCAGGCAGCGGCACCGCAGACCUGGAGAAGCUGUGUGCCAUCUUGGAAGCCGUCCCCGCCCUCAAGUACAUCUGUCUGGACGUGGCCAAUGGCUACUCUGAGUACUUUGUGGAGUUCGUCAAGACGGUCAGAGGAAAGUUCCCCAAACACACCAUCAUGGCUGGCAACGUGGUAACCGGGGAGAUGGUGGAGGAGCUCAUACUCUCCGGUGCUGACAUCAUCAAAGUGGGCAUCGGGCCAGGGUCUGUGUGCACGACAAGGAUCAAGACAGGAGUGGGCUAUCCACAACUCAGUGCUGUGAUAGAGUGUGCAGACUCAGCCCAUGGUCUCAAAGGACACAUUAUCUCCGACGGUGGCUGCAGUUGCCCAGGAGAUGUAGCAAAAGCCUUUGGCGCGGGGGCUGACUUCGUAAUGAUGGGAGGAAUGCUCGCAGGCCACGACCAGUGCUCUGGGGAGGUCAUCGAGAAGAACGGGAAGAAAUACAAACUCUUCUACGGCAUGAGCUCCGACACAGCCAUGAAGAAAUAUGUGGGUGGAGUUGCUGAGUAUAGGGCGUCUGAGGGGAGGACAGUGGAGGUUCCCUACAGAGGGGACGUGGAGAACACCAUCCGUGAUGUGCUGGGGGGCCUCCGCUCCACCUGCACCUAUGUGGGCGCCGCCAAGCUCAAGGAGCUGAGCAGGAGAACCACCUUCAUCCGCGUCACACAGCAGUCCAGCCAAAUGUUCACUUAGCGGGGCGUACACAUGCCCACACACAUGCAGUACACGCAGGUUGCAUGAUAUGCACUGUGUGUGUACUAUGCAGAGUUUAAACAUGCAACAGGAGGACAGCGGCGUAACACAUGGCAGAAAAAGAGGCACAGGCACCCACACACACACACUUCUACAUGAUUGCCCAACCUGUUUCUCUCAGGAUAUCUGCUGUCAGAAAGCUGUUAGUUUCCUGCAGGUUGUGAUUAAAAUUAACUCAACGUUUGACUUGAAGACUUUUCCCAGAAGAAUCACAGCGCUCUAAUCAACUUCAUCCUGCAGCGAGUGCGUUUACAUGCUUACAGACACCAUAAUAUGCUACUGAUAAAUGCACAUGUUGCAGUAACAACAGCCUAGAUAACUUCUUCUCAGUUUUAGAAACAGGGAAUAAGAGACUCAGACUGCUGAGGCGUGUGUACUUCAGAUCUGAUCUGUCAAAACACUCUUUUAACUUGUGCAUGUACAGUAGGCUAGUGGGGUUUUUCCAGAACAGAGAUGUCAUCUGACACAUCCCAUGCAAACACACUCAGCAGGAGGAGGUUGAUACUCAUGCUCAGAUCAUUUGGGGAAAAUGCUGAACUGUGCGCUGGAGUGAAUGUGAAAAAUCAAUAUGCAAGACUCAGAGACGUCACCCUUUAACUGUCACUGGAGGAAUCAUGUCGCAAUAAAUUGCAUGCAGGACCUUCUGCUAAUUCCCUCAGUGGUGUUGAUCAUUUUGUGAAGACAUGUCUAUCAUCUUCCUGAUGACAGACAAUAUAAUGUGUGUGUAUGUCUCUUAAGUGUCUGCGUGCAUGUGUUUAGGGUGUGUGAGGCAGACGAAAACGAAGACCUCUGGGUUUAUGCAUUACGACAUAUCUGAGAAACACUUGAUUCGCCCUGCUGUGCGUGGAAAACGUCCUGUUAAGUCUUCUUUCAUUGCCUCCACUGUGCCUGACAUUUCAGAUGAAGGGUGUCUUGAGAUUUGUGGCUUCUACUGCGUUGAAGAGUCGCUCUCUUGUACUUCAAGCGAGGAACUUCGAGGAAAAGUCAUACUGAGCGAUAACACAAUUAAACACUGUUAAAUGAAAAAUUCGAAUUCUAAAAUAUAUCCUGGAAA